AUGGUAGGACAUAGGUUGGUUCUUUAUAGCAGAGCAAUGGUGCAGCAGACCACGGUUCAGGGAGCUUCUGCUACUUACGCUAAGGAAAUGGAGAGACUUUCUGCCAAAGAAUCGUUACUCCUCGCUUUCAAAGAUGCUGGAGGAUUUGAGGCACUAAUUGGUGGAAAGACAUCAGAUAUGCAAAAAAUCGAUGUGAAUGAGAGAAUUGUUGGCCUUGAACGCCUUAAUCCAACACCACGUCCAACAACGUCACCAUUUCUUGAAGGCAGAUGGAACUUUGAGUGGAUCGGAUAUGGAAGCCCUGGAUUAUUUGCUGCCAGAUUAUUAUCCGAGAGAUUUCCUACAUCAAUAGCAAAUAUGAGUAAGAUGGAUGUGGUGAUUAAGGAUGGAUAUGCCAAAAUUACUGCAAAUAUGAAAUUUCUGAAUGCGAUAGAAAACAAGUUUAUUAUAAGCACAAAGUUAACAGUUGAAGGGCCACUUAGAAUAAAAGAAGAAUAUACAGAAGGAGUCCUUGAAACUCCAACAGUUGAUGAAGGGACAAUUCCAGAACAACUAAAAGGGGCUUUAACUCAAGCACUUAACACCAUGCAACAACUUCCAUCUCCAAUUAAAGAUGCUGUUUCAAGUGGAUUAAGACUUCCCCUAAAUGGGGCUUUUCAGAGGAUGUUUAUGAUUUCUUAUCUUGAUGAAGAGAUCCUAAUAUUAAGAGACACAAGUGGGGUCCCGGAAGUUCUUACGAGAUUGGAUGUGGAUCAAUCUCCUAUUGAUCCUAUUCAAGAGUACGAGAGUUGACCGAGUCAACAUAAAUAAUGCAAGGAUGAAAGAUAAUGAUGCUUUACAUAUGUGGUAUUAUUGUAAACCAACACUAUUACUAUUAGGUCAUAAACCUUUUAUGUUUUUUUAACAAAAUGUAUGUACAAGUCGUUGAGUUGGAAAUUUGUGCAAAAUGGAU